AUGGUGCUGUCAUUCAAAACGGGGGCUAGAUGGAUAUUGGAGCGGGCCGUGGAAGUUGGAACGAAUGGAGAGCGGUAUGAAGACUCGAAGAAAUUACCUCACCAUACCAAAGCACUCACACCGGUGGAGCCUUUAUGCCGCUUCAAACUUCACACUUACAGAGCUGAACCCUGCCAGGUGCUUUGGCUGCUGUUGCCUCUCUCACUUGACUUCAGGUCCAGGCAGGUCCAACGCCUAGUCCAUUCUUUCCUUAACUUCUUGGUCUCCGUAAGGUACCUUGCUGGGGCUGUGUAUUCAGCAUUCACCAAGCAAGAACACAUAACUUUGCUCCCAUCAGCUCUUUGCUCCGGAUUCCCGAGCCCCUGUCUGCUGACCUCACCACCACCAUGCCACACCUUGCUUACCUACCUCGCAGCUGCUCUCAUCGGUGUCUUCCCGCCAUCAUCUCAACUCCGUCUGAGUCACUCCGUUGACACGCUAGCGAUCCUUUGCCUUCUCCAAAGUCCAGAGAGCAUCCUUUUCCAACACCCUGAACCCUGGCUGCGGCGUAAUCCACCAAGAAACCAAUCCCCGAUCCAAAGGAACAUGUUCUGGCGGCGGCUACUGCGCUCUAUCUUAAUCGAUACAAGCACCUGGUAUCCCUACAUUUUCUACCGAAUGAAGAACUUUGGUACGGAUAACGUGCCUCUACUAUCUGAGAAGGGUCGCGAUAUCACUCUCACUAGCUCCGGUAUCGCAUGCUCAUCUUCAUCCGAUAUCGACCGUCUUCGCCAAGCUGCUUCUUCGCCAUCCCCCCGCUCUCACUCGGUCACACACAUAAACAAUGCCAUGGGGAUUCGAGAGCCAUGGGCUGGACACCAAGACGGUCUGCCGCUUGCCGCCUUGUCGCGAAAUUUACAGUGCCCCGUGCUUGCUCAGAAACCCCACAUCGUUGCAGCAGCAAGAUAUCCCCCGAGCCUUCAACCGGGCCUAUCCCCGUCACCUCUUAGCCUAGUCGUCGUGAUUGUCGUCACGCUUUCUUGCAUCUAUUGGCUCCGUCGAAUCCCAAAUACCCGGCAGAGACAUGCGCGCAAUGCGUCAGAGACAGAAUACCUAUACUCGCCAAAGAGAGACAUCGAUGCCCUUAAUUGGAAAAAAGGCCAUGCAAGGUACGCGCUCACGCCUCGGAUUCUGUUGCGUUCCGACUCAGGUUUCUCCCCACACAUGCCUGAUAUCGUGUCCAACCCUUCCCGUGCCACCGAGAUCUUCGCCAAAAAGCAGGGAACAAUCCAUGCCCGAUGGCAGCUUGUCGAUUUCCCUCCCGCUAUUCCCGGUCUUCCACCCACGCACUCACUUCAACACUCGCGGCUUGCCCUGCUUGCCGGCCGGCUUCUCCGUCUUUUCUUCUUAUUUCAAGACAGUGAUACAACAGAUCUUGUCUCACCAUCAGCCUCGAUUUCGAGUAACACGCCCAUCUCGUUGGAAACAAAUUACGAAAUGACCAAUGCGAGAUGCAAAAAAACAAACUUCUUAUUGGCUCUCCUGUUCCUGUUGGCUACCUUGCGUCCCAAGCUUCCGGCUAGCGCCAGCGGCGCGAAGUGUCCAUCCCAUGGAUCCCGCCCCGUUCCCGCCCAGGGGCCUUCCAUGAUGCUCUUCGCAGAUGGCGGGUUCGGGCUCGGGCUCAGCUUUCGGCCAUUUGGCUUUUCGCGUUUCGCAUCUCCCUGCAUCCUGCAUGCGGGGAGUCCUAGAGGAGAUCUGCUGCAUGUUCUAGAAAUCUUGUGGGAUCUGUUCUGCAACGGAGCACGCAUGCUUUCUUUUUCGGGCGAAACUAGGCCCCUGAAGAUCAACGAGGGCACGAGAGACAUUGGCUGGCACCGUACUCACUUUCAUGUGUUUCCCAAAAUAAUCGACUUUGGCAUCUUGGUUAUGCGCCACCAAGGCACGAACACCAGCGUCGACGCUGGGGCGUUGGAGCUAGGAACCCAGCCGCCCUCGGCGCCAGAGACAGAGCCAGAGCCAACUAUUGAUGUUGCAGGUCCGUCAUCAAGCCAAGGGGGCUCCACAGCACCAACCCAUGCAGCAACCGCCAACUCUGUCAGUGCGACACUCAUGCUCUUCGUCAUCAAACAAACCCUGACUGCGCCCCCGAAGCCUAUCGAAAGGAGAUGGGGAGCCCGGUGUUCGCUGAGUAUCAAGGUCCGCGUAUCUCACAUCUUCAAACAGACCGAGCCGGACAUACAGCGUGAAUCCGACGAUGCCAGUGUUACCGGAACGAGAACGAAAGUCAGACUCAGACUCAGAAUGGGCAACGAAGUCUCUGUCAGCGCUGGCUCAAUUUGA